GGCUCCUUCCUGCGGGCGGGGGCUGCCGGCGCUGGAUUUGGGCUUUUCUCCCUCUCCUCACAGAUACUUGUGCACAUGCUUAAACACUGCUAAUUGCCGAAGCAUAUUAUCUUACAACCCUCGCUGGAGGAGGUAGGACCGCAGAGGGUCGUGCCCGACGCCUGUGUGCAAGUGCAGUGAUGAAUCUCUUGUGUAGCUGAAGUGCAGACCAGUUGGAAUAUGCUGCAGACAAUUUACGAGAGUGAAUCGUGUUUUUCCUCAGAUGGGGUUUCUGGACGUGAGCAGCUCUUGGCUCAGCAAAGAAUGCACAGUAUGAUCAGCUCAGUGGAUGUGAAGUCGGAGGUUCCCGUGGGGCUGGAGCCCAUCUCCCCGUUGGACCUGCGCACCGAUCUCAGGAUGAUGGUUCCCAUGGUGGACCCCAUUGUGCGCGAAAAGCAGCUACAGCAGGAGCUGCUUCUCAUCCAGCAGCAGCAGCAAAUCCAGAAACAGCUGCUCAUUGCAGAGUUCCAGAAGCAGCAUGAAAACCUGACCCGCCAGCAUCAGGCCCAGCUCCAGGAGCACAUUAAGUUACAACAGGAACUCCUAGCCAUUAAACAACAGCAAGAACUCCUUGAAAAAGAGCAGAAGCUGGAGCAGCAAAGACAAGAGCAGGAACUGGAGAGGCAUCGCAGGGAGCAGCAGCUUCCUCCCCUCCGAGGCAAAGAAAGAGGACGAGAAAGGGCAGUGGCCAGUACAGAAGUGAAGCAGAAACUUCAAGAGUUCCUGUUAAGUAAAUCAGCUACAAAAGACUCUCCAGCAAAUGGGAAGAAUCAUUCCAUGAGCCGCCACCCCAAGCUCUGGUACACGGCUGCCCACCAUACCUCACUGGAUCAAAGCUCUCCACCCCUGAGCGGGGCCUCGCCACCCUACAAAUACACUUUACCAGGAGCACAGGAUGCUAAGGAUGAUUUUCCACUUCGUAAAACGGCUUCAGAGCCCAAUUUGAAGGUACGUUCAAGAUUAAAACAGAAGGUGACAGAGAGGAGAAGCAGUCCUUUACUCAGGAGGAAGGAUGGAAAUGUCAGUUCAUUCAAGAAGCGUCUUUUCGAGGUGACAGAAUCCUCAGUCAGUAGCAGCUCCCCUGGAUCAGGUCCCAGUUCCCCAAGCAAUGGUCCGAGCAGCAGCACAACAGAAAAUGAAACCUCAGUUCUGCCAUCUAACAUUCAAGCUGAGCACCUGGUUUCCCAGCAGCGCCUUUUGAUACAGGAUGAAUCAGUGAACUUGUUGAGUCUGUACACAUCCCCUUCUCUGCCCAACAUUACCUUGGGACUUCCAGCAAUACAACCUCAAAUCAGUGCUUCGUCGUCAUUCAAAGAAAAGCAGAAGGGGGAGACCCAGUCACUGAGACAAGGAGUGGCCUUGGCUGGACAGUAUGGAGGAAACGUUCCUCCAUCAUCAGCACAUCCUCACAUCGCUUUGGAGGGAAAGCCAAACAGCAGCCACCAAGCUCUCUUGCAGCAUCUGUUGCUGAAAGAACAAAUGAGACAGCAAAAACUUCUUGUGACUGGAGCAGUUCCUCUUCAUCCACAGUCUCCUUUAGCAGCAAAGGAGAGAGUCUCACCUGGCAUAAGAGCUGCCCACAAACUGCCUCGCCACAGGCCACUGAACAGAACUCAGUCAGCUCCUCUUCCUCAGAGUACUUUGGCCCAGCUGGUCAUCCAGCAGCAACAUCAGCAGUUUUUGGAGAAGCAGAAACAGUACCAGCAGCAGAUCCACAUGAAUAAGAUGCUCUCUAAGUCCAUUGAGCAGCUCAAGCAGCCUGGCAGUCACCUGGAGGAAGCUGAGGAAGAGCUUCAUGGGGAUCACUCGAUGCAGGAAGAGCGAGCUCCCGCCGGCGGUGCCAGCGUUAGGGCUGAGAGCAGCAGUGCUGGUGUGGAUGACAGAAUAGGACAGCAGGUGGGGGCUGUGAAAGUCAAAGAGGAGCCACUGGACAGUGACGAGGAUGUUCAAUCCCAGCAAAUGGAAUCUGGGGAGCAAGCUGCUUUUAUGCAACAGGAGUUCCUGGCACAUCAGCAUGUGCACCAGUUGCAAAUCUACCAGGCUCAGAUGGCUACAGUUGGCAUGGCAGGAUCAGACAAACAUCGACCGCUUUCCAGGACCCCAUCUUCCCCCUCUGACUCCACAUUACCUCACCCUGACAUGGACCAGCCCAACCAGCAUGUCUACACAACUGGUGUUGUGUAUGACAGCCUGAUGCUGAAGCACCAGUGCAUGUGUGGGAACUAUGCCAAUCACCCUGAACACGCUGGAAGGAUCCAAAGCAUCUGGUCAAGGCUCCAAGAAACUGGGCUGCUAAACAAGUGCGAGCGAAUUCGAGGUCGAAAAGCCAGUCUGGAGGAAAUACAGCUGGUUCACUCUGAACAUCAUUCACUGCUGUAUGGCACCAGCCCACUGAACAGACAGAAGCUGGACCCCAGGAAACUCCUAGGAAACGUGUCUCAAAAACUCUUUUCCUUGUUGCCUUGUGGGGGACUUGGGGUGGACAGUGACACCGUUUGGAACGAGCUGCACUCGGCCGGGGCGGCACGCAUGGCGGUGGGCUGUGUCAUCGAGCUGGCGGCCCGCGUGGCCUCCCGGGAGCUGCAGAAUGGCUUUGCUGUUGUAAGGCCCCCAGGCCAUCAUGCUGAAGAAUCAACAGCCAUGGGGUUCUGCUUUUUUAAUUCGAUUGCAAUUACUGCCAAAUACUUGAGAGACAAGCUAAAUAUAGGCAAGAUAUUGAUUGUAGAUCUGGAUGUUCACCAUGGCAACGGUACACAGCAGGCUUUUUAUGCUGACCCCAGCAUCCUGUAUGUUUCCCUCCAUCGCUAUGAUGAAGGCAACUUCUUCCCCGGCAGUGGAGCCCCAAAUGAGGUUGGAAGUGGCCCUGGCGAAGGGUAUAACAUAAAUAUUGCUUGGACAGGUGGCUUGGAUCCUCCUAUGGGUGAUGUUGAGUAUCUCACAGCAUUCAGGACUGUGAUCAUGCCAGCUGCCAACGAGUUUGAUCCAGAAAUUGUCCUGGUGUCGGCAGGAUUCGAUGCUGUGGAAGGCCACGACCCUCCGCUGGGCGGGUACAAAGUCACAGCUAAAUGUUUUGGUCACCUAACCAAGCAGCUGCUGAAGCUGGCGGGUGGCCGCGUGGUGCUGGCGCUGGAGGGAGGACACGACCUUACUGCCAUCUGUGAUGCCUCUGAAGCCUGUAUAAAUGCCCUUCUAGGAAAUGAGCUGGAGCCUCUCCCGGAAGAUAUUGUGCACCAAAUCCCCAAUAUGAAUGCAAUAGCUUCUUUAAAAAAGACCACUGAAAUUCAAAGCAAGUACUGGAAGUCAGUGGAGCCAUACUCUGUGCCAGUGGAUUGUGCUCUGGCUGAGUCUCAGAAGCAAGAGAGGGAGGAGACAGAAACAGUAUCUGCUAUGGCCUCUCUUUCAGUCGAUGUUGAGCAGUGUGUUCCUCAGGAAGGCAGCAGAGCUGCUGGUGAGCCCAUGGAAGAAGAGCCAGCCUUGUGAAGUGCCAAGUCUUCCCUGAUAUUUCCUGUGGGUGACAUCAUUGUGUAUCCCCCAAAGCACCCUCAGACAUGUCUUGUCUGCUUCUUGGGUGGCACAGAUCAGAUGGAACAUAAACACUGGGCACAAAACUCGGAAUAGCAGCUUCACUUGUUCUUUGGAUGGACUUGAAAGAGCCCGAAAGAUUCCUUAAAUGUAACCGCCACAAUUCUAGAGUUACAGUAAAACGGACUUGGGAGAAAGAGCCUAGAGCAUGCUUUUUUAAUGCUGUUUGACCCACUCACCAACACAAAUUGUGAAAUAGAGUAUUGCAAAAUUCUACAUGAUAGAUUAUAGAUAUGAGAAUUGCAACAGCCAGCAACAUACUCUGUGAACUCCGUGAAUCACUUUCUGACACUUUUUACUGGAUAAUUUUUUUCAUACUGUGUUAAAUUGUUAAUAGAUUUUGUUUUCUUUGCUCCGUGUAAUGAAGAAAAAAAAAGCCCCACCCUUAUUUUACGUGCCAUUUUUUAACCUCCUGUAAUGAAUUCUUAGCUGAAUAAGUGAAAAGUGUUUAAAUUACGAGGAGGGAUUUUAGCUAAAGAGAAAGCACUUCUCAUUGUACUAUAAAUCCCCUGAAGUACCGUGCUUGGUGGUGCUUUAUUUUCUCUUCCCUAUUCCUGGCCGUCCCUCCCCAUUUCAUGUAAUCUUUUCUAUCAUAAAAACACAUUCACGAUUCUCUAAAACGAGCGAUCUUUUGCCUUCAAGAAAAAGUGCUGUACCCUCUGUAGUUGACAGUAGCGCUCACCAUGUGUGCAGCAGAGAUCAAGUAUGGAUAGUUUUUCAAACGUGUUUUUAGUUUGUUCUGCAAUGUUUCUGCGUUCUGACUCCAAAGCAGCGACCUUCAGUAACUGCGUGCAGCUCAUUUGAAGCUCAGGUGUUUCUGUGGAGGUUGUGUGGGGGUGUUUUUUACAGGUCGUGAUGUGAAUACGAACUGAUUCUUUUAUGUAGUCCUGCACCAAGGGAACUGAUGUUGCUUAAGGAGCUUCAAAGGGUUUGGGCUUUAUUUUAGAUUCCCCAAGUGCAGCAAGAUCUCCCUGCAAUGUGACUUUAGCUGUUUAAUUCCAUGGUUGAGAACGUAACAUAGAGUUGUGCCUUUAGCUGAAAAUGAACGCUUAAACUGUUACACGUGUUGCCUUACUGUCAGAGAGAAAGAGAGAUUGGGGCAUGUAUGUAAGAUUACUUCAAAUGAACAAAACUCUGCUACAGUAACUUUUAUUUUGUUUACAACUUUCUCACCUAAUGAACCCCAGGACAUACCUUGAAGUAUUCAGCUUGCAGUAUUUGAUUGCU